UGCCGUGCAUUUCCGUAGUGUCGUCAUCUGUGGUAAACAUGGCGAAUGUGGCCAGACUAAGUUUAUGUACACGAACUCACAAACGUAACAUUGUAUAAACUGCAUUUUCAUUAUUAUCUAUAUGUGAUUUAAAUCCCCCGAGAAUUGGAUAUUAAAAUGGAUAACAGUGAAAUUAUGUGUGUUGAAGUUCAAGAAAAUGAAAAUGGUGAAAUAAUUUAUGUUGAGAAGGUGGAAGGUGAUGAGUAUGCUAUGGAUGACGAUUUCUGUGUUGUUGAAUGUGAAAUUGCAACGUCUGGUGAGUACACAGAGUUUUCAAGUGACAAUGAUCAUCCUCAAACAUGCAGCCCUAAUGAACCUGUUGAAAUAAUAUUCUUGCGUAACUUUGAUGGAGAUGGGGAUGGUUAUCCAAUUAUAGUAAAAGAGGAAGUUAGGUCAGAUGUUAGUGAUAUUGACGAGAAUUUAGAAAGCAGUGUUGCUGUUGGUAAUACUAUAAAAACGUAUGUUAAGAAACACCAAAGCUUUGUUAAACUAGAACCAGUACAAAGUGAUAAAUACAUUAGACAUCAGACUCCAACAAAAUUUGGUCCUUCAACAAAAACUGUGGGACAAAAACAGAAACUGAAUGCUCUUCUCCAAGUUGCUAGUGGUAAAGUAAGUCAGAUGUCUCAAGCAUCAUCUCAAAAUGAAAUUAAGUCAACAUACGAGCAGUUAAUGAGCAGUUCCAAUAUACAUAUAAGGCGAUUAAAUGCGUUUGGCCAACAACGACCAAAACUCUGGUCCCAUCGUGUUGAUAGAAGGAAUUUUGAUAAGGGCAGUCUGCUCAGUAAUAUAAACAUCACAUCACAUCAGAAAGUCGUAACAAAGGAAAAUUUACCAAGAGAAUGUAAUAUCAAGGAAGAGGACUCUAAUAUUUCAAGAUAUGAAGUUGAUUCUCUUGAAGUACAGACUGUAGUUGUGAAAAAUGUGAAAGAACUACCCUUUCAAUGUGAAAUGUGUGAUAAAUCUUUCAGGCAAGCAAGCAGUUUGGUGAUACACCUCAAAGUCCAUGCAGGAAAAUAUGCAGACAACUGUGUUAUAAGUUAAAGAGUAAAAUCGUGCAAUAUGUAUAUAAAAGUAUGUGGUAUUAAAGAAGGCUAAUAUAUAGAAUUCAAGAAAUAUGACAUAUUUAUGUAGUUGUUAUAAUGAAAUUGUAUGUGUUCAUAUUAAAAUAUAUGUAUAUAUAAUA